AUGAAUAAGAAAAGGUACUUUCUGGAUCCUCCUGAGAUCAAAGACUACCUCCUCAAAGGAGAAAGAUUUACCAAGUGGUCAGAGGAUUCAACAAAGACUUAUCCUGUCACUAUGAAGAUGGAUCAGAAAGGGUUUUACCUCUACUGGAUCAACCAAAGCAAGGAGACAACGUUCCUGGAUGUUGCUACCAUCAGAGAUACCAGAACCGGAAAAUAUGCAAAACUUCCCAAACACCCAAAGGUCCGCAAUGUGUUCAAUCUGGAUUUCCCGGACAGCAACCACCUCGCCAAAAUCCUGACCAUUGUAUCAGGUCCAGACACAGUGAAUCUGACCUAUCAUAACUUCUUUGCAUCCAAAGAGAAAGUGACACAGAACUGGGCAAAUGACAUUCUUGCAAUUGCCUACAAUGCUGCAAGAAACAACGCAUGCAGACAAGUCUUCCUGGAAAAAAUAUUCAUCCGGAUUUCUCUUCAGACCAACAAGGACGGCAAGAUCCCUGUGAAAAAUAUUUACAAGAUGUUCCCUGCGGAUAAGAAGAGGGUGGAGAGUGCUCUGGCAUCAGCAAAUCUUCCCAAAGGAAAGUAUGAUACCAUAAAGUCUGAUGUCUUCACUGAGGCCGCCUUCAAGUCCUUCCUUUCAAAUCUCUGCCCUCGACCUGAGAUCUAUGAGAUCUUCACUUCUUACUCCACCAAACCCACCAUGACGAAGGAGAACUUCACCAAGUUCCUCAAUGAGAAACAGAGGGACUCCCGCCUCAAUGAGGAGCUGUUUCCACGUCUGCGGCAGGACCAGAUCAAGGCUUUAAUCGACAAAUAUGAACCUUGCUCCAAUAAUUGUAACAGAGGUCUGAUUUCUCCAGAAGGCCUUCUGUGCUUCCUGACGGGGCCAGAGACAUCACUAGUCAUUCAGGACAGGCUGGCAAAGUGUCAGGACAUGACACAGCCCAUACCCCACUACUUCGUCAAGUCCUCCCACAACACAUACCUGACAGCUGGUCAGUUUUCUGGCGUGUCGUCUCCGGAGAUGUACCGUCAGUGUCUGCUGUCUGGCUGCCGGUGUCUGGAGCUGGACUGCUGGAAGGGAAAACCUCCAGAUGAAGAGCCUAUCAUAACCCACGGCUUCACCAUGACAACUGAGAUCCUUUUCAAGGAUGUGAUUGAGGCCAUUGCUGAGAGUGCCUUCAAGACCUCACAGUACCCUGUUAUCCUCUCAUUCGAGAACCAUGUUGACUCGGUGAAACAGCAGGAAAAGAUGGCCAACUACUGCAAAACCAUAUUUGGUGAUGCCCUGCUGACAGACCCGCUGGACAAAUACCCUCUGAAACCAGGCCAGCAGAUACCCAGCCCAUCUGAGCUCAUGGGAAAGAUCCUAAUCAAAAACAAAAAGGGCAGCCAUGAGAAGCCAAGCCAGACUAAGAAAAACAGCACAGCAGUCAGCGACCAGACCACAGCCGCACCCACCCCGGACCCAAAUACCACAUCCCAGGAUCCUGCUAACCCAUCAGCACCCAGCACCCAGGAGAACCAAGAGGGGGACGCAGCUGUGGAGGACAACGAGGAGCAAGAGGAAAUGGACGAACAGGAUGAGGAGAAAAUGAAGACAUCGGAUGAGGGCACAGCUGGACAAGAAGUAACAGCGUAUGAGGAAAUGUCAGCUCUGGUCAACUACAUUCAACCUCAAAAAUUCAUCUCUUUUGACAAUGCCAGAAAGAAAAACAAGAGUUAUGUCAUCUCAUCUUUUGUGGAGACCAAAGGGGAGGCAAUGAUUUCCAAGACUGCUGUUGAAUUUGUCGAAUACAACAAAAGGCAGAUGAGUAGGAUUUACCCCAAAGGAACAAGAAUGGACUCAUCCAAUUACAACCCACAGCCGUUUUGGAAUGCAGGCUGCCAGAUGGUGGCGCUCAACUACCAGACCAUGGAUUUCCCCAUGCAGCUGAACAUGUCUCUGUUUGAAUUCAACGGGAGAACGGGCUACCUGCUCAAGCACGAUGUUCUGCGUCGAAGUGACAAGAAGUUUGACCCUUUCUGUGACAGGAUUGACACUGUUGUGGCGAGCACGUUGACCAUAAAGAUCUAUUCGGGCCAGUUUCUGUCUGACAAGAGUGUCAAAACAGGGGUUGAGGUGGAGGUGAUUGGGUUGCCAGGGGACCCCAAGAAGAAAUAUCGCACCAAGUGGUCCCCCACUCCCAACGCCAUUAACCCAGUGUGGAACGAGGAGCCUUUUGUCUUUGAGAAGAUUCUCCUCCCAGAAAUGGCCUCUUUGAGAAUUGUGGUCCAUGAAGAAAAUGGUAAAUUCGUGGGACACCGGAUCAUCCCUCUUGAUGCUAUCCAAUCAGGCUUCCAUCACAUCUGCCUGCGCAGUGAGAGCAACAUGCUGCUCACUCUGCCUGCUCUCUUUGUGUACAUCGAGGUCAAGGACUACAUCCCUGCUGCCUUCGCAGAUUUCACAGAUGCCUUAUUUAACCCAACAAAGGGCACAGAGAAGACAGCAAAGACCCCAAAGGAGUCAUCUUCAGACUAUAUUUCUCCUUAUGAGCUGCCCCUCGUGGUCCAAACCCCCACUGAGAAGGCUAAGGAAAAGGAAGACCUCACUACAGAAAAGGCAUCAUCUGAACCUACACCACCCACUGAGGCCAACGAACAAUCACUGCAGUCUCCACCUGAAACAAGUACAGAAGAAGCUACAGAAGUGAGCACACCAGAGACUCCACAACCUACAACAGAGCCUACUGAAACUCCUGAUACUCCUCCUGCUGAAGAUGCUGCACCGGAUGCAGGAAACACCACAUCUGAAACUCCCCUUGAAUCUCCUGAAGAAGUUCCCUCUGUGGAGGAAGCACUACCAGAGCCCGAGGCAACUCCUGAAGAUAAAGAGCAGCCUAGCACCAACUCCAGUGCAAAUCCUGAGCCUGUUUCAGAAGCUCCCAGCACUGCUGAGGAGAUUCAAGAGGAGCCCGCUGCUGUGGCCGUUCCCUGUCCAGAAAGUGCAUCGGCUGAGCCUGCAGGAUUGGAUGACUUAUCUCAACCGCCAACAAGUAGCGAAGAACCUUCGACUGUGACUACUGAAGAACUGAUAGAGCACAAGAACUAUCUGAAGGUCAUCAAGCGUCAGGACAGAGAAAUGAAAGAAACAGAGAAGAAAUAUCAGAAAAAAGGAGAGGAUCUGAUUCAGAAAUACUCUGACUCCUUCAAGGCCAUCAAGAAGAAGGCCUCAUUGAAGAAAAAAGAGGGAGAGGGCAACACGUCUGAGUGCAGUGUGAAGACGGAACGGGUGCAGGAGCAGAAGGAAAAAAUGCAAGUUGAGCUGCAAGCUUUGUGGCGAGAGCAGUGUGAUCAGCUGAAGAAGAGGAAAGAGCAGUGUGCUACAGAGAGACUGGCCAAACUGUUGGAGAUGGCCACAGAGAGACACAUCAGUGAAUUGAAGACUCUGGAGAGUGAAACCAAAGAAAAUAAGAAGAAAACACUCUCAAAAUGCUCAUCCUCGCAGAAAGCAAAGCUGAAAAAGGCAGCGAGCACAGAGCUGUUGGAUGAGACUAGUCAGUCUGAUGGUGGAUCUUCAGAUUACAGCCCUCAGCAAGAGGCUCUGAUAAAGAAACAGGCUGCUACACUGGAGGAGAUCAAGGCGCUGACUAAUCAGCUUAAUCAGGAUGCUCUGAAGGCACACGAGCAGAAAAUGAGGUCUCUGCCAGCCGAGGUGAGGGAAGCUGUCAAUACCUGUGUGGGGGCUCACUUCCCCGAACUUGUCGACCAGGCUGGGGACAAGAAGGUGGAAGGGGUGGGUUUCUAUGGAGAUGUCUUCUUGGGUUAG